CACUGGGUUCUCCCAACACAGCCUACAUUAAUAGAGGAGGGUAAAGUCUGAGUAGAUCAGACCUGUGUUUUCUUUUGAGGGAGACAGAGAUAUAUGGUUCCAUCCACCAUGGCCUCCACACCGGCCUGCUGGUUGGUUCUGCUGGCCUGGCUUACCCUGUGCAGGGCCGCACCGACCCCUGUGACCCAAGUCCUACCUUCACCCGUGCAAGACGAGGCAUUUGCUGAGGAAUACCUUUCUCAGUUUUACGCUGAUGUUGGAAUCACCAACUCUUCAUUUAGAAGCAUUACCCUGACUUCUUUCAACGAGAGCCUCCAGGACAUGCAGGCCUUCUUCGGCCUGGAAGCAACGGGUGUCCUAAACAAUGAAACGGUGGAGGCGAUGAAGGCGCCCAGGUGUGGCGUGUCAGACAUCAGCAAAUACGGACACUUUGCAGGGCGACCCAAAUGGGGGAAGAGGCUUAUAACCUACAGGAUCACGCGGUACACUCGGGACCUGAGCCAGAGUCUGGUAGAUUCAACCAUAGCUCAUGCCUUCAAGCUCUACAGCGAUGUCAUCCCUCUGGACUUCCAACAGAUCUACGGUGGCAAUGCAGACAUCAUGAUCCUCUUCAAAGGGGGAUAUCAUGGAGACUUCUAUCCCUUUGAUGGACCCAACGGCGUCUUGGCCCAUGCUAACUCACCUGGUAUAGCUGAAGGCGGGGACACACACUUUGAUGACGAUGAGAUGUGGACGCUAACUCAAAGAGGUGUCAAUCUGCUUCUGGUGGCAGCCCAUGAGUUUGGUCAUGCGCUCGGCUUAGAUCACUCCAGGACUAGGAGUGCGCUGAUGUUCCCAACCUAUAGAUACGUCAACACCAACGGCUACAAGCUACCGGAUGAUGACAGACGUGGAGUCCAAGCCCUUUAUGGCAGCCGUACACCCAAACCCAAACCCAAUCCGCCUCCAGUGCCAGAACCCGAACCAGAGGGGCCCACAGAGGAGCCUGAACCCAUGCCCGACCCAGCGAUCAUCAACCCCAGUGGAGAGAAGUGCAGCCGGAGCCUGGUGUUUGAUGCUGCGUGCUCCAUCAGGGGAGACCUGUUCUUUUUCAAAAGCGGGUACUAUUGGAGGAGACGUCAUAGCGACAUCGUGCUGACUAAAGUGAGCUCCAAAUGGCCUCAGAUUGACCAAGUGGAUGCUGCCUGUAGUGUACCGCACAAGGACUUUGUGUAUUUAUUUGAAGACCAGCGCUACUGGGGCAUAAAGGCGUAUACAAAGGAAAUAAUUCCAGGUUAUCCAAAGCCAAUUACUGGCCUGGGCCUCCCUUCCUCUGUCAGUAAAGUGGAUGCAGCUGUCUAUGUGGCAACGACUGGGAAAACACUCAUCUUUGCAAAAAGUCAAUAUUGGAGCUACGACGAGAGCAGAAACCAAAUGGACCCUGGAUAUCCAAGAUACAUCUCUCAGGAUUUCCCUGGAAUAGGCUCAAAAGUGGACGCUGCCUUUACUAAUUACGGAUAUAUAUACUUCUCCAAUGGGCCACGGCAGAUGGAGUACUUAUUGGCCUACAAGAGAGUUGCACGAACUCUUCUUAACUACGGCUGGCUCAACUGUUACUAAAAGCUCACCUGUCCCAAUGUAACAAAUAAAUGAAAAAAUGUUGCUGAAUUUUUUUUCAUUAAAACAUAAUAUACUCUUGUGUGACUUCAGAGGUGAAUCUAAUAACAAAUGAUUAGUGUGUUUGGAAUGGUGCCAAAAAUAAAUGUGUCACAUUCAAAGA